AUGGAGCCACUUAUUCAAGGAACAAUCAAUGCGCUGGGAUUUCUGGAAAACAAUGUUUAUCACCCGGAACCUGAUUGUCUCGAGAGUAUUCGCGAUUUGAUACGAUUUUUACGAAAUGAUACUAAUCUGGCCAUUGCACGACGUGCUUGUGGAGAGCGAAAUAUUAUUGGAUGCGAUUUGAUUCCAAUUAUGCGAUCGUUUCGUACAUCUGACAAAUUAUUUGAUAUUACGUUAAGACUAACAAUAAAUUUGUGUCAACCAGCCGCUUUGACAUUUGUAGGACGUGAUUUCGGUGAUAAGGAAAUUGUGAAAGCUUUUUUUGAGGUCGAAAAGAAUCUCAAAGAUUCAAAAGAAGCCUUUGGUGAUGUUCAAUUAUUCAAAGUUUUUGAAAGCAAAGUUUCAGCUUAUUUUGCACAAGAUUGGUUGGAUAGACUCGAAGAAACAAAACUUGUGAUCGAGAGGAUUUUUGUCUUAGUGCGUUACAUUCUUUUAAUUGGCGAUACGGAUCUUGAUAAAGAACGUACGUCACAGGACGUCAAUAGUCAUGAUCAGCUAGUUUUAGCUUUACUGCAGAGUGGUUUUGGGAAGCUACUUGUUCAAGUAUCCGCAAAUUCUAAUGAACGUUAUUUCCAUUUGUGUGUUCUGGAAAUAUUUGCAAUGAUGCUAAAGCAGUAUGAGGCGAAAGAUGUGGUCGAAGCUGAAAGUAUUCGAUCAACCGAAGAAAGAAAAAGACAAGAAAUAGAGAUGCAGAAGGUCGUCGAAAUGGAGAAAGAAAAGCAGCUCAAUAUGCGUCGCUGCUUAUCAAGCCGCCAUACUUCUUUUGCUGGAACUUAUAUUUUAAAAGGAUUGAAAGCCAUCAACAAAAAUAACGACAUGGUUGUGAGCAAAGUGUUGAAAAACUGUAAUGUGGUGGGUCAUUUGAAUACACAAAAAAUUCGACAUCGCGUUCCUAAAAAUCGACGGUUAUUCCAUUGUGAUGAUAAUAAACAUCUGUCUUGUCGAGAUAUUCGCGUAGCUUUACGAUCUUUCUGUCUAGAAAUGCUGCAGAAAUCAUAUUCUCGAUUAAUGAGCGGAUGUAGAGAUGGUGCGUUUUCUGCUAGGCGAACUCUGGAACAAACCAAAGCUGACAUACAUUAUUUUGUUUUGAUGCAGUUUUCGAUGGAAUUUUGUCGUCUAGCUGGCUUGCCUGAGGAAUAUGUUGAUGUUUCUCUGAAUAUAGAAACGUUCCACCUUCUCCAAACUCAAUUGGAUGAUUACAUGGAAAAAACAAAAAUUGAACGUAAGGAAGCCCGCUUCUAUGGCUUACGUGCGCAGUAUGCUUUGGUUGCUUACAAAGAAUUACUUUUUACUCAGUUAUCAAUUUUGAAAUCUGGGAGUGAAGAAUGGAAAAAAAAAAUAGAAUCUACUUGUUCGCAUAUACUGAAAGUUGAGGAAUAUAGAGAUCUCUCAACAUCUAUUAUUCGUAGAUUUAUGCCUGGUGUAUUUUCAAAGACUUUUUUGCAAAAUAUUAUAUUAGCAAAUCAUGCAUACAUAUCUUUGGUCGAAAAUUUUUCCAAAAAAGGAAUGCUCUAUACGGUCACCAAACGUCAGAAAUUACGAAAAAGGCAUGCACAAAAAAGUAAUAAAGGAGAAUGUGUAGAAAAAUCGGAAACGUCAGACCAGAAUGUUUGGAAUGAUAUUUGCGAAGAUUUAUCAGAGACCAUAUUUGGCUUUGUAAAACCUAACCUCGAUAUAAGUGCCAUCGAUGUGCUUCUGAAUGUGGAAGAUUCUGUUCAUAAGCAGUUUGCAAUGCUCAUGGUGCACCAUGCUCUUCAAGAAAGGCGCGUAGCAGAUGCUGUCGGUGUAUAUCGGGCUGCUCGUGAUUUGUGGCCUACAAAUAAUAUAUUUGGAACAAAUGAUAUGAAUGCUGAAGAUGAAUUUCUGGAAUUACGUGCUAUAUAUUUUGUGGAUUUGAAGGAGGUUGAAGAAAAGUGGAAAAAAGUUCGAUUAGAAGCAUACGGACCGCAGUGGAAUGAUGGUACAGAAGACAGUGCACUUUUUGAUGAUAAAAUCGUUCUAGAAGAGGAAAAGGAAUGUGGAGUUGAAUUAGAUUCAGAUGCAUCCGCGGUCGAAAAUGAAGUCGACUUUAAUUUCGGUGAUUACGUUGCUAAGUUCGCACGAGCUGAUAUUUUGAAAUGGUAUUUUUUCGUACUGACUGACUUUGAAUCCAACACUAUGGAUAUAAAUAAGGCAGUUUUGAAACUUUUACAUCGAAUAGCGUUUGAUUUGAAAAUGGCUCCGCGUUUAUAUCAGCUUUCUCUUUUUAUCGUUUUCAAACGACUUGCUCUUCGUUUCAAGGACCAGUCUUUGAAUGAUAUCAAACGAAGCAAAUAUUUUGACAUAUAUCAAUUUGGUUUUCACAUUCUGAGACGGUUUUUUGCUGACUAUAGAAGGAUUGGGUCAAAAUUGAUACCAGAGAUUUUGUUUUUGAAAGGUUCAAAAGAAUGUUAUGAAAUUUCAAAUGGAUAUGGAUCAUUUGAAAUUAAGGAUGAUGGCAAAAAGUGUAAAGAAAUAUUAUGGCCUGAAAAUUUGGAAAAUGAAUUAAAAACGCUGUAUAAUGAGUAUUUGUCAUUCGAAGAAAAGCCUGAAGGUGUAGACAUUGUUGAAUAUGUGGAACAAGGUUUAUCGAAGUUACGAACACGUCGGCAAAUUAUUCGACAAAUAAAAUUACUUGGAUUAAGUACAUUUGGCGCUAGAAGUAUUGAAAGACAUACACUGGAAACAUCCAAAUCAUUACCAUUUGCACCAGAAAUCAUCCAUCAAAUGCAUAAUAUAGCAAAAGAGUAUAAUUCAAAAUCGCCUUCUUGCCGUUCAGAUGAUUUAGUUAAUUUUAUUCGUCACAAUCUGUCUCAAAAGUAUACGAGAGCGAAAAUCAUUAAGCAUCUUCAACAAGAAGGUAUAUACUACGAGCUACCAUUGAAAAAAAGACGUUCAAAAGCACUGCAAAAAAAAGUAGACGAAGAAGAAUCAGAUAAUGGGGCCAACGAUGUUUAUGAUAUUUCUGACGGUUUGAUUACCAAUUUAUCAGUGUUUACAGUACUGUUCCUCAGUAUAAUUAUUGUUUCAGAGUUUAAUCUGCUUGGCUCAGAUGUUUCUGACCGAAAGAACGAAAAAAGUAUAAAACGAAAACGGCUUACUAUCAACAAACACCAGGAACCGAUAACUAAUUCGAUUGACUGCUUUUCACAUGAAGAUCACCGGUCCACCGCCGACGAUGACGAAUCAUGUACACAUAAUUAUUCUGGUUCAACGGUGAAAGCUGAUGAUAUAUUAAUAGGAAUGCCAAAAACAGGUUGUAUAAAGGACGGUAGUAGCGACGAUGGGGUUGUGUUGGAACGCAAGCUGACAACUAGCGAUCAAUAUCUAUCAGAUGUUGAUAAAGAUGAUUCACGACCGACAAAGAAGAGACGAAUUGUCAUGAGCGAUUCAGAAUGA